GAAACGUCACGCGCUGAGCGGAGCUAGAGAGGCGAACGGUGCGGAAUGAUUUGAUCGAAAAACGACUUGUUUCAGAUUUUAUCGCCAUUUUAUAAAUAUUUUAGACGAAAAAGUACAGCAACUGAAACGUGGUUGAGGCAUGAGGGUAAAGAAACGCCUGGAUACUCAAGGAGAAAGCCAUGAUACCAAGGGUUUUGGUUACUGAUAACACAUUCAAGCGAAGAAAAUAAAUAGGCUAAGCUUAAAAAAAUAUGGAGAAAUACGAGAAACUUGGUAAAAUUGGCGAAGGAUCUUAUGGAGUGGUCUUCAAAUGCAGAAACAGGGAGACAGGACAAAUUGUAGCAAUCAAGAAAUUUGUUGAAUCUGAAGAAGAUCCAUUGAUAAAGAAGAUAGCCAUGCGAGAAGUGCGGAUGUUGAAGCAACUUAAAAACAGUAAUCUUGUAAAUCUACUAGAAGUCUUUAGAAGAAAACGAAAACUACACUUGGUGUUUGAAUAUUGUGAUCAUACUGUACUCAAUGAAUUGGAUGCACAUCCUAAGGGUGUUCAGGAGACAAUGGUCAAAAGAAUUAUUUGGCAAACUUUGCAAGCUGUCCAUUUUUGUCAUCAAAAUAAUUGUAUCCAUAGAGAUGUCAAACCAGAGAAUAUCCUGAUCACAAGACAAGGAAUAAUCAAACUAUGUGAUUUUGGAUUUGCAAGAAUUCUUUCUCCUGGUGAUGAAUACACUGACUAUGUUGCCACUCGGUGGUAUCGCGCACCUGAACUGCUUGUUGGAGAUACCCAGUAUGGUUUUCCAGUAGAUGUAUGGGCCAUUGGAUGUGUUUUUGCCGAGCUGUUAAGUGGUCAGCCUCUGUGGCCUGGAAGAUCUGAUGUUGAUCAGCUUUACCUUAUAAAGAAAACUUUAGGUGACCUUAUCCCAAGACACAUGCAAGUUUUUAGUGCAAAUCAAUUCUUCAAAGGGUUACAAAUACCAAAGCCAACCACAAGGGAACCUUUAGAAACCAAGUAUCCUAGCAUUUCACCUCAAGCCCUAAGUUUUUUAAAGGGAUGCCUAGUUUUGGAGCCAAGCAAUAGGCUAACCUGUGCUGAGCUGCUAGAACAUUCAUAUUUUGACAGUUUUCGAGAACAAAUUGUUCCAGAAAUAAAUGCAAUAAUAGCAAAAAGUCAACAAACACAGUCCAUACCAAAAACCAAAAAGAACAAGACUCGUUCACGUCUUCCACAAUUUGAAAGCGAUCAGCAACAAAUGUCAAGACACUUGCCACAGCUAGCUGUAGCACCGAAUGAGUGUCUUUCUCCUGCCCCAGAUAAACAAGAUAAAUCCAAAGAAAAGGACAAAAUGAAACAAAGUAAACUAGAUCACUUGCCAUCCAUUCAACCCAAUGGAAUUUAAAGGUGAAUUAUUCACUCUCGAACUAAAGCUGAUCAUAAAUUUCCUUCUUUAGUGGCGAAACUUUCCACCAAGGAAUGCUAUUACUGUUCAAAAAAUAAUAACCUUUUCGUCCAUUUACCAUUUGAUUUCACAAACUCUUUUUGAAUGAGUUUUCAAAUUUUUUUCCUGGUUAGACUUUUUUCUGUGGUGGCUGACAAAUUGUAUAAGAAGAAAACUAGCAAGAAAAUAGUGGUACAGAAUGCUAGGCAAUGAGACGAAAAAUAGUCCAUCGAUUACCAAUUGAAAAUACGAUUUAAGUAUAAUCGAUUUUUUUGUUGUUGAAAAUUGAAAAUAUUUGUUCAUAGAAUUAUUUUAGUUACUCUUGGUAGGGGAUUUAGCAUGAUUAAGACAUAAGUUCUCUUUGCCUUGCAUUCCAAUAGACCUCUAGAUUGGGAAUAAUGUUAUCCCAUAUCAGAACACUAGUCAUUCCCUAGAGUAUCAUUUCAUUGUUUGACGAUUGUAUAUGAGAAGACACAUGAAUAUGGAUACAACUCAAACAGAGAAUCUUCUCAAGAGAAUGACACGUGGUCUGAAAUGGGAAAGCAUUACCCCAAGCUAGACAGUCCAGAGCGACUUAUAGCAAAUAACAAACCGAAAACUUUUCUGGUUUUACAUCGAUUACCAUUACCAGGUACAUACUAAUAAGAUGGAGUACUUAUCAAAAAAACGCCUUUUUACCUUGGGCCUAAUAUUUGCCAAUUUCAGACCAUAUGUCAUUCUAUAGAGUACUAUUUCUUUGUUUAACGGUUAGGCAUGAGAAAAUACAAAACAUGGAUUCUACUCAAACAAAGAAUCUUAUUCUCGAGAGUAUGAAACGUGGUCUGGAAUGGGAAGAAUUUAGGCCCAAGUAUCAAAAAAGAAGGUUUCACUUAAACUCACUGAUACACGUAUUUGCUAAAAUUAUAUCACCUUGGAUUUCACUUUGAAAAUGUUUUGCGCAUUGAUAGUAUGUAUAUAUCUAUUUUAUGGUAUCUAUAUAUGGAUGUAGCAGAUUCGUGUGAGUGGGAAACGUAAGGUUCCAUAAGCGACACUAAAAUGGCUUCACUAUGAACCAAUCAAAAAGCGAGAAUACGAACACCAACCAAUCAAACAACGUGAAUCCUCAAUCCAUUUGAGUGUCACAAUUGUGCACGUUUUAAACUCCAAAUGAGUCUGAUCCAUUUUCAUUUUACUUUAAGAUAAAUUUCAAAUAUGCAUUAAUUAUUGAUGCUAAUGAUUAUACUAUGAAAGUCGCGUAGCACUUGUAUAUACUGUACUCGAAUUAUUAAAAAAUGUUCUAUUGUAGUAAUACGAUGUACAACAGCAUGCACAUACACAAAGGUGUCCAGUAAUUGAUUUAAAUUUCGUAUGACUGCGAAACGACUUUGCACGGUUACGUGACUGAAUUAACGACAUCCUAUGAUCCAAUCAAAGUGCGAGAGAGCACUGGUCAUCCAAUCAAAAUGCUCAAAUAUACGGUACAUUCGUACCGUAAACUUUCCACACUUUUGAUUCACGAAGCAUGUACGUUUGUAGACACGCUCAAAUUUUUCUCGCGCUGGGAACGCAGUUUAAGAUAUUUGUUGUAUUAAUAGUGCAAAAAGGACUUGGCGGUUAUACUGUCUACAACAAGUAAAAUGUUGCAGAAAGUUCAAAUACUUCGACUACUCUUUGCUACAAAACGUUUUUACACAAACAAAACCUAAAACUUUUAAAAUUGACAGCGCGCGAAAAAAUUGCCGCGUGUAUCUGUUUUCAAGACCAAGCGAAAGGAAAACUAAGUUAGCAUUCUUUCGAGGUAUUUUGUUCAAAACGAAGGUCAAGCGCGAGUGUUCUUAAGGCUGUCGUUUCAGUGGCUUUUAGAGAGAAAUUAUUCGCGCGUGGUGCAUAGGGAUGUGAGUAAAAUUUAGGGACGCUGUUGCCCCUAAAUUUAACCCCACAGAUAUCCCAAAACCGGUUGCGCAAAACACCGCGUUAUGCAAUUACAAUGUUUGUAAAGUAAACUUGUAAAGAAUGGCGCGAUUCACUUAACUAUAUUCUUUGUAUUCAUAUGUGCAUGUACAUGGCAACCACUACAAGGCUGCAUACGUAGAUGAGAAAUAAAUUAUUAUAAAGUAA